UCCGCCCACCCUUACCUCAGGAACUACAGGAAACCAACCAGAGCAGGGAUCGGGGGCAUGGCUGGAUAGACUCGCCAUAUGAGAGCAUCUACAGUGAUGCUGUUGAUCCUCUACAUAGAAGAGGGAACAGCCAGCCUGACCUCCUUAGUGUGCGAACACAGAAAGACACAUCUGAAUCUCAGUCCAGUUCAAGAUGGAUCACACCAGACACAACAAACCAAUCAACCAAGAAGGGGAAGAUGAGUGAAGAAGAGCAGAUUGAGAGGAUGAAGCGCAAUCAGGAGAGGUUGGCCAAUCGGAAGAAACCUCCAAUGCCCACCCCAAGUGUCCAAACACAGAGUUCAGAGUCCCGGGAAGAGGCCCCCUUUCCUCUGAGGGUGACACGAGUUGUUACAGCUGUACUGCCAUCCUCUCUCGUGGCCAGACGGGUUUCUGUUGAGGACCCCCCACCUGAGCUUGACACUCCGCUGCCUGAGCAGAUGCCACUUGAGGUGCAGCAAAAGUCAGCUGACCAGAGUAAAAAAUUGUUGAACAAGCCACCAAGGAGAAUGUUGAUGGAGGCACCUGAUCAAAACUGGCCCUCGGCAGAGAUGGCCCAAGACCAGCCCGCCAAAAGGAUAAACGAGGCCCACCAAGAUCUAGAGAGACAUGAGACAAAUUUGUACACAAUCAGACAGCAACAUCAGACAAAGUCUAGAUCCUCCAAGGAGAACCCGUGUCUGGGGGCAAGCAAAGCAGAUCCUACAGAGACCUCAAGGACACGAGCUGGAGACCAACCAGGUUUAGGAAACGGACAUGUGACAUCAGAAGUCAUGGCUGAAGAACGACCCACUGCCCUCCUGACCCCUGACCUGGACCCUGACCUCUGUCUGACCCCAGAGCAGCGGGAGGCCAAACUCCGGCGUGUGGAACGAAUAAGAGAAAGAGUCAUUCGCAGUCAGAGAGAGUGCCAUUACUCCCAGUCACCUGCCAUUCAAGAGCGAGGGGCAGGAAAUCCACCAGGUGCCCCCUAAGGUGGCCAGUGACACCCCAAGAAAACAAAGGGCAACAUCAGACUCUGCACCUUAUGAAGGCUGUGGAAGCAACUGGGAUUACAUCAGAGGACCUGCAGAACUUCAGCCCUCUAGUGGAACAUCUCAGGAUGAAGAUGAAGUAGAUGGACAUGUGAGAAAACCUAAAACCCAUCUUGGGAACAAAACACAACACAAAGAUUACAGUGGGAGAAAAGGAGUUGUCAAACCUAAGAUCAAACCUCAUGGUUCACCAUAUCAUAUCUCAUCCAUGACCGUCUACCAGGAAGACGGAGCCAAGGGAUUUAUGAGCUACACGGAUGGGCAAGAGGAAACGCUUGAAGAGCCCCCAACUGAUGAUGCUGAAAGUGAC